AUGCCGGACAACCUCACCGAGGGCAGCCCCGAGGCCAACGGGACCGGGCAGGCGCUGGGUUCUCCUGCAGCCACCUGCCGCCCCACAACUUUCACGGAAGUGGUAGCAGAAGAGGAGUGGGGCUCCUUCUACUCCUCCUUCAAGACUGAGCAGUUGAUAACUCUGUGGAUCCUCUUUGUGUUCAUCAUUGUUGGAAACUCCAUUGUGCUGUUCUCCACGUGGAGGAGGAAGAGGAAGUCAAGAAUGACCUUCUUUGUGACUCAACUGGCCAUCACAGACUCUUUCACGGGACUGGUUAACAUCUUGACGGAUAUUAUUUGGCGAUUCACUGGAGACUUCAUGGCACCUGACCUGGUUUGUCGAGUGGUCCGCUACUUGCAGGUUGUGCUGCUCUACGCCUCCACCUACGUCUUGGUGUCGCUCAGCAUAGACAGGUACCACGCCAUCGUCUACCCCAUGAAGUUCCUGCAAGGAGAAAAGCAAGCCAAGGUACUCAUCGGGACGGCCUGGAGCCUCUCUUUCCUGUUCUCCAUCCCCACCCUGAUCAUAUUUGGGAAAAGGAAGCUCUCCAACGGCGAGGUGCAGUGCUGGGCCCUGUGGCCCGAUGACUCCUACUGGACCCCGUACAUGACUGUCGUGGCCUGCCUGGUGUACUUCAUCCCGCUGGCGAUCAUCAGCGUCAUCUACGCCAUUGUGAUCCGAACCAUUUGGACUAAAAGCAAGGCCCAUGAGAUGGUGAUUUCCAACUGCUCAGAUGGGAAGCUGUGCACCAGUUACAACCGAGGACUCAUCUCCAAGGCAAAAGUCAGGGCCAUCAAGUACAGCAUGGUCAUCGUUCUUGCCUUCAUCUGCUGCUGGAGUCCGUACUUCCUCUUCGACAUGCUGGACAAUUUCGGCUUUCUUCCGGACACCAGGGAGCGCUUCUACGCCGCUGUGAUCAUUCAGAACCUGCCUGCCCUGAAUAGCGCCAUCAACCCUCUCAUCUACUUCCUGUUCAGCAGGAACUCUGGCUUUCCCAGCAGGAAGCAGAAAUCACAGGAUUCCAGAAUGACAUGGCGGGAGAGAGUCGAGAGACACGAAAUGCAGGUUCUGUCUAAGCCAGAAUUCAUCUAG